AUGGGGAAUCCUUUUGGAGACAGUUCCAGCGGCAGCAGCUUGAGACCCGAUUCUCAAGCAAAAGACGCCCGAGGUCGCUCCCCCUCUGGUUUCUCCUUGCGAAGGUCGCUUAGCGGUCGUAGCCAGCGCAGCAGCAACGACUCCGGUGACCGUCGCGGCUUAUCCUCCAUCUUUAGCAAUAAUCUAUUCUCGUCGAACUCGCGUUCUCAACGGGGACGCGGAGCAAGCCCACCUCCGCCGUAUUCGCCGGCGCCCGCCGAGGCUUCUGGUCCAAUUCCCAAUGCUGCCGUAGGCGAGCUACCAGAUGACCAAUACGCCUUCCUGCGGGAAUUCAACACCAUCUUCCUAAUCGACGACUCCCUCUCCAUGAAAGUCGACCGGCGCUGGGCCGAGACGCAAGCCGCGGUCGCGGCCAUCGUGCCCAUCUGCGUGGAGCGCGACGAGGACGGCGUGGACGUGUACUUCCUCAACCACAAGACGGCGGACGGGGGGGACCCGAGCCGCGGGGCGGCGGGGACGGGCUACCGGUCGCUGCGGGACGCGAAGCUGGUGACGGACCUGUUCGACGUCGUGCGCCCGAGCCAGGCGACGCCGACGGGCACGCGCCUGGACCAGAUCCUGCGGGCGUACCUCACGCACUACGACGCGCGCGUGCGCGCCUCGGCCGGCGACGUCUACUGCGUGCGGCCCAUCAACGUGAUCGUCAUCACGGACGGCCAGCCGACGGACGAGCCGGGCGAGAUCAUCGCGGCGGCGGCGCGGCGGCUCGACCGCAUGGGCGCGCCGCCGCACCAGGUCGGCGUGCAGUUCUUCCAGGUCGGCCGGGACCCGGGGGCCACGCGGGCGCUGCGCGACCUCGACGACGAGCUGUGCCGCCGCGAGAGCAUCCGGGACAUGGUGGACACGGCCACGUUUAACGCGACGGGGCCGGCGGGCCGCGAUGCUCCCUCGCUCACGGCGGACGGCAUCCUGAAGGUCGUGCUGGGCGCCGUCAAGAGGAAGCUUGACCGGAAGGUUUUGGUUCGGGUCGAUGGGCCGCCGGGGAAGUGA